AUGGGCUGGAACUCCAGGGCGGUCCUGAUCAAAGGAGACGAAAACUGGUUGGAUGGCCUGGGGGCUGACAGGUCUGAAGCUGGCUCCAGUGGGAGAAACCAGAUACGCCAGAGGUUGAGAGAGACAAUAAGGACCCAGGAGAUGGAGCUCACAGUGGCGAAGGAGGAAAAGCAGGUCUUUACGGAGAAAAACCAGACCCUAGAGAUGGAGCUCACAGUGGUGAAGGAGGAAAAGCAGGUCUUUAUGGAGAAAAAACAGACCCUAGAGAUGGAGCUCACAGUGGUGAAGGAGGAAAAGCAGGUCUUUAUGGAGAAAAAACAGACCCUAGAGAUGGAGCUCACAGUGACGAAGGAGGAAAAGCAGGUCUUUACGGAGAAAAACCAGACCCUAGAGAUGGAGCUCACAGUGACGAAGGAGGAAAAGCAGGUCUUUACAGAGAAAAACCAGACCCUAGAGAUGGAGCUCACAGUGGCGAAGGAGGAAAAGCAGGUCUUUACGGAGAAAAACCAGACCCUAGAGAUGGAGCUCACAGUGGCGAAGGAGGAAAAGCAGGUCUUUACAGAGAAAAACCAGACCCUUGAGAUGGAGCUUCAAAAGGCGAAUGAGGAAUACCAGACCCUGAAAGAGACUAAAUGGAUCAUCAAGCCGGUAAGACAAGUGUUUAAGCAUGAAAACCUGGUCCUUAAAGAGACACUAAGGGCCCAGGAGAUGGAGCUCACAGUGGCGAAGGAGGAAAACCUGGUCCUGAAAGAGACAAACCGGAACCCGGAACUGGAGAUGGAAAUCCAACUGGUGAAAGAGGCCAAAGAGACCCAGGAGCUGGAGCUCCAACUGCUAAAGGAGAACAACCAGGUCUUUACGGAGAGAAACUGGACCCUAGAGAUAGAGCUCCAAAAGGCGAAUGAGGAACACCAGGUCCUGAAAGAGACUAAAUGGAUCCACAAUCCGGGACGCCAAGUGUUUAAGCAGGGAAACCUGGUCCUGAAAGAGACAGAAAGGACCCAGGAGAUGGAGCUCACGUUGGUGAAGGAGGAAAGCCUGGUCCUGAAAGAGACAGAAAGGACCCAGGAGAUGGAGCUCACGGUGGUGAAGGAGGAAAGCCUGGUCCUGAAAGAGACAGAAAGGACCCAGGAGAUGGAGCUCACGUUGGUGAAGGAGGAAAACCUGGUCCUGAAAGAGACAGAAAGGACCCAGGAGAUGGAGCUCACGUUGGUGAAGGAGGACAACCUGGUCCAGAAUGAGACAGAAAGGACCCAGGAGAUGGAGCUCACGUUGGUGAAGGAGGAAAACCUGGUCCUGAAAGAGACAGAAAGGACCAAGGAGAUGGAGCUCACGUUGGUGAAGGAGGACAACCUGGUCCAGAAUGAGACACUAAGGACCAAGGAGAUGGAGCUCACAGUGGCGAGGGAGGAAAUCAAGGCCCUGAACAACAACAAACAGAUCCAGGUGGUUAAGCUCAGAGGGGUUCAGGACGAAAACCAGAUUGAAGUUGGACUGUUGAAGACGGAGCUCCAACAGAUGAAGGACGAGAAUAAGCUCCUUGAGGACAUCUCUCUAAGACAAAAAAAAAAGAAUAGAAGAAUCUUUGGCAGGAGGAUGGAGGGAAGAGAAAUAGAGUUAGCAAAGAUGAAGUCCAAAAUGCAGGCUCUGGGGGACUAGGGUGGCGAUGGGUAAGGAGGAGCUGAAGCCCGAGAAGGGACACGGUGCCUGGAGCCGGCGAAGGGACACGGGCCUGGAGCCGGAGAAGGGACACGGGGCCUGGAGCCAGCGAAGGGACACUCGGCCUGGAGCCGGCGAAGGGACACGGGGCCUGGAGCCAGCGAAGGGACACGGGGCCUGGAACCGCUGAAAGGACUCGGGGCCUGGAGCCGGCGAAGGGACUCGGGGCCUGGAGCCGGCGAAG